AUGGUUUUUAUCAGAAUUGCUAUUUCUCUUGCAAUUAAUUUUAAUUGGAGUUUAUUUCAAUUAGAUAUAAACAAUGCUUUUCUUUAUGGUGAAUUGGAUGAAGAUGUUUAUAUGUUAUUACCUUUUGGUUAUAGUGAUAAAAAUAGUAACAAAGUUUGUAAGUUACUAAAAUCUUUAUAUGGAUUAAAACAGGCUCCCAGAAAAUGGAAUGAAAAAUUAUAUGGCUUCUUACUUGAGUUUGGAUUUGUUCAAAGUAUGAAUGAUUUUACAUUAUUUGUUAAAAUUUCUAAUGGUACUAUUGUUAUAUUACUGGUAUAUGUUGAUGACAUAAUUUUGAGUGGUAAUUCAAAUGAAGAAGUUAACAAGGUUAAAGAUUUUUUGAAAUCAAAAUUUUUAAUUAAAGAUUUAGGAAAAUUAAAGUUUUUCUUAGGAAUUGAGGUUAUAGAUAUUAAUAAAGGAGUAUGUUUGUGUCAAAGGAAAUAUUGUAUGGAAUUAUUACAUGAAUUUGGCAUGUUGAGUUGUAAACUAUUUAAAACUCCUUUAGAUUGUAAUGUUGUAAUUAGAGGAGAAGGAUUUGAUAGUAAUGAUGUACUUAUUCAAAAUGUUGUUCUUUAUCAAAAAUUAAUUGGAAAACUCAUUUAUUUGACUAUUACUCGUCCAAAUAUUUCAUAUGUUGUACAAGUACUGAGUCAAUUUAUGCAUUCACUAAGAAAAUCUCAUUUUAAUAUUGCUAUAAGAUUACUUAGAUAUUUAAAGUUAAAUCCUGGAAGGGGUUUUGCUGUUACAAAAGGUAAUCCAAUUUUAAAAAGCUUUGUUGAUGCUGAUUGGGCUAAAUGUUUAGUGUCUAGAGGAUCUAUUACAGGCUCUGUAGUUUUUCUUGGUGAUACAAUUAUAUCUUGGAAAAGUAAGAAACAAGAUACACUUUCUAGAUCUUCUACUGAAUCAGAGUAUAGAGCGCUUGGUGUAAUUUCAUGUGAAAUUAUGUGGAUUUUGAAGAUUUUUUUUGAUGUUGGGUUGAAAGAUCUAACUCAUGUUCCUAUAUUUUGUGACAAUGAGUCAGCUAUAAAGCUUGUUCAUAAUCCAGUAUUUAAUGAAAAAACGAAACAUUUUGAUGUAGACACUCAUUUUAUAAGGGACAGGGUGUCCAAAGGUGUUGUUGAAGUUCAUAAAGUAAGUUCAGAUUUUAUUCUGACAGAUAUUUUUACUAAACCAUUGGGUGUUGUUCAACAUGAGUGGAUUUGUAAAAAUUUGGGGCUUGUUGAUCCAUUUCAGAAUAAAUGUUGA